GUCAGACAUCCGUGGGGUAUUGUCGACUAUCAUCUGUACCUAGCUGGAAUUGAAACAGGAAGAAACAAUACCCUUCGCAGCAACAGCAUGAUGGUUUUCGAUGGAGACGAAUGCCGUCCUUUCUUUUUUGAAGACUUCUUUGACGAUUCAACAGACAAUCCUUGUGUUUUCGGAAAGCCGAAGAUUCUGUUCUGUAUUUUACCUAUUGCAAACGAGGGAGCUGUGUUCAAAGGCAGACAGUAUAUCCUUGGAUUCGAUACCAUUGAAAGGACACUUUUUGCCCGUCAUUUUCACUGGUCGCCCAAGACCAUGGGGGAUGUCCGCGCAGACUGGGAAGAGGGUGUCACAGUGUAUAGUUUCACGAUCCCAUCGCUUGCCACCAUUCUGAGACGCAGCUUCUCCGAAAGUGACGGGAGGUUAAACAUGGGUCUUCUCAGCUGCAGUCCUCUCUGCGAGACGUUCGAAGGGGUGUGUGAUGACCCCGGAAUGGAAAUUGUCCUCGCUGUCGAAUUUUGUCAGUGGGUAGUCGACUGUGCAGAAGGCAUUUUCGCAAUGGAUGAAAUUGCUGUGGCUAAAUUGAGUUACGAGCUCACUUAUUACAUGGACCAAUGUCGCCUGGUUCUUCAACGGGCUUCAUACCGUGCGUGGUUCGCAGUUCGUGAUGGUCUGUCUAUGGAGGCGUACAGCCACAAGCACUCGUACAACCAAUACAUCAACGACCUUUACACAUAUGGCAAGUCCACCGAUGACGGCAGUCUGCGAAACCGCGAAUGGCAACCCCCUAGUGUCGAUACAUGCAACGAGAUCCGGGAAAAUCAUCGAAACAAGAGCCGCGAAGAGACCGAGAAGAAAUUGGAAGACCUCUUUACCCUGCCCAACACUGACACUCCCCCGGAAUCCCCUGGAAAGAUCUUUGCUAGGAUGCUAUCGAAAACGGACAAAAGCCAAGCAGCUGUCCUUUUGUACCCCCCGGGAGCUCCCGGAACACCAUCGCCUCCACUGCAGUACAGAUCAGUGCCCCAACGACCUUUGAGCCCCUGCUCCCCUGGCAUCGUGACUCCAGUGCGCGAGGACUUCGAAGACUUCGAAGCUACAGAGUACCAUAAAGUCCCUUUGUCACUCCUUUUGAUUCGUACCAUGGAUCUUAUCCAGGCGCACCCAGAGUUGGACAAAAUUGAGAACCGUGGUCGGUUUGGCUCUCUUUUGACUGACAUUGGGGUUUGCGUGAAG